CCGAACCCGCUUUGCUUUCCAAUCUCUCAUCCCUCCUGACAGUCCAAUCGCCUCCAUUUUAACCAGGACUCUCUCCGCAGUCGAAAGAGGAUUCAGUUGCCACCAUAUGCAUCCCGAGAUUGCGUUUCGAUUAAUAUUAUAAAAGUUCUUUCCCUGUCUGUGCUCUGCGUGGAUUGGCUGGCUAGCUCUUUUGUUUGGAGGUGAAAUGAUGCUCAAGUGAUGCUGCGUCGCUCUUUCCACCCGCUGUAGAUCAACAUCAUCGUCGUCACCGGUAUGGAUCUGAUCGAAGAGCCCAAAAUGAACCAAUUUGGACUAAUAAAACCGGAGUUCUGUCAAAAUCUUAAGUGUUUAUAACGCUGUUCGAGAUAAUACUGAAGUUAACGCGUCACUGGCAGAAAUCUUACAAAUGAACAGAUGAAUCUCUGCAACUGAGAAUACAGCAUUGUGAGACAAUUUAAACACUCACUCACACACACACAUACAGAUACACUUAUAACACCUUCCUAACCCCCCCACACACACACACACACACACACAGACAAAUAUACACACAGAUGGCACUGGACAACACUGGCUUCUCCACAUGUCCCGAAUCCCUGUCUGUCCCGGUCCCAGAGAAAGGGGAGGAGCAAGUGGAGGAGGCUCAAAAAGAUGCUCCGCCUCCAACAGCACAGAACACAUCCGAGGAGCUGGGGAACAUGGUAACCACAGAGACGGCUCCGCCUCCAAAGUCGACAACCAAUAACAACAUGUCUUUCCAAGACAAAUUGGCUGCAAGGGAGGCACAAGCCAAUCAACCCCGGAAGAAAGUUCAGGGGACGGGGCAAGAGAGGGGCAGGUUUGGAUGGGCACGCAGCAAGCGUAAGAGGCAGCGUUAUGUGGAGAAAAACGGACGUUGUAACGUGCAGCAUGGUAACAUGCGUAAGACAUAUCGUUACCUGACGGAUAUUUUUACCACCCUGGUGGAUCUGAACUGGCGCUGCUCUCUCUUCGUCUUUGUCAUGGCAUAUGCAGUGACCUGGCUGUUUUUUGGAGCAAUAUGGUACCUCAUUGCAUACUGCAGGGGCGAUCUGGAUCAUUUAGAAGAUAAGACGUGGACUCCAUGUGUGAAUAAUGUUAAUGGAUUUGUCUCUGCGUUCCUUUUCUCCAUCGAAACGGAGACUACCAUUGGCUAUGGUCACCGUGUCAUUACUGACCAGUGUCCAGUGGGAACCAUGUUACUUCUGUUGCAGGCUAUACUGGGAUCUAUGGUCAAUGCUUUCAUGGUUGGAUGUAUGUUUGUGAAGAUCUCACAGCCGAAUAAGCGCGCAGAGACGUUGGUGUUCUCACGUAACGCUGUUAUCUCACUGCGGGAUGACAAGCUCUGUCUAAUGUUCCGCGUCGGGGAUCUGAGAUCCUCCCACAUUGUGGGCGCCAACAUGCGAGCCAAACUUAUCAAAUCCAAACAGACACAAGAGGGUGAGUUUAUUCCUCUGGAUCAGACAGAUAUCAGCGUGGGCUUUGAGACGGGGGAUGAUCGUUUGUUCCUGGUGUCUCCACUGGUGAUCUCUCAUGAGAUCGAUAACCGCUCUCCAUUCUGGGACAUGUCCCAAUCCCAGCUGGAGAAAGAGGACUUUGAGGUUGUCGUCAUCCUGGAGGGGAUGGUGGAAGCUACAGGUAUGACCUGUCAGGCGAGGAGCUCGUACCUGGCUGAAGAGCUGUUAUGGGGUCACAGGUUUAGUCCGAUGAUGUCACUGGCUGAGGGAUUCUUUGACGUGGACUAUGGGGCUUUUCACCACACAUUUGAGGUGAACACGCCCUCCUGCUCUGCAAGAGAGAUGGAAUUAGCUGCUGCUCGUUUGGACGCUCAUCUCUAUUGGUCAAUUUCCAGUCGCCUUGAUGAAGAGAAAUGGGAGGGGCCUAAUCUGACUGAGCAGACGGGAAAGACCUCUGAUUUGGAAUCUGUAAGGGAGGGAGACGGGCCAACGUUUAUUGUGGGCGGAGUUACAAAUACCCAGGACCAAUCGGUUGUAGGGGAGCAGAACGGCAGUGUCACAACUGACCAAUCAGAGUCUGAGGCUUGAAAGGAUGCAAGGAAAAGCAUGGAUACAGACCAGUAAUGCGCCUGUGUUGGACGUCUGUUAGAAGGUAAAAAAGUUUUUCGAGGGCUUGUAGAUUUGAAUUUGAAAACUUGUACAAUAUAUAUUUGUACAAGCAAGUCAGUUCACAUUAUGCAAGUAAAAGUUUUCUUUUGCUUCAUGCCGUGUAUUGUGUGUCCAAAGACGAGAUGCAGGCACCCCAUUCUCAUUUCAUGCUUUUAAUAGUCUAUCCUUUCUGUUAUUUACAGUCAGUUGUGAUCAAAAAGUACAAAAUAAACAUUAAUUCUAUUCAUACAUUGCACGGAUGAGGGGAAAACAACCAAGAACAUUUGCUCGCAGAGCUGCCGGUUCUCACGAAGAGACCAUUUUAGUGCUUGUUAUACAUAUGCUACAGUAUCAAUGUAAACUGCAAAGUGCAUAAAAAAAAUUACAAAAAAAUGUGUUAUGUAGCAAGUGUAAUAAAUGUGUAUAUACAUAACUAUUUAAAGGCACAAUCAUACAUUAUGAAGUAUUUUAACUUCAGAAAACACUGUAAAUAUUAAAGAAUUUAACAAAUAGUCUCUUGCAGAAUCUAUGCAGGGUUUUGGUAAAACUGUUUUUUUUUUUUUUUUGCAUAGUCAUUUUGAUAUAGUAGCACUUAAAUUAUUAUUUUUGUAAAAUAAUUAUUAUAUUUGUAAUUCUAUGUUCACUAUUAGGUUCCAACCUUGUGAAUAUUUUGUUGAAAAAUGUGUAUGAAAUAAUCAAAUUGUAAAAACAGCUUGUAUCAUGCAAUUGAAAUGCAAUUGAUAGAAUGUGAAUGUGAUUAAAAUGAUGAAAAGUGAAAUAUAAAAUAAAAUGUACAAUCCCACAUACUAUACUGUGUGAAGUCAUAUAUAUGAAUACUAAAGAUAUGUGAUUAGGCCCCUUUUUGAUUUGCUCUCUUUUUCAGGUUUAAUUUGCAUUUCGUUCACAUGUCGUCAAAAGUCUAGCAAGUAAAAACAAACAUUUACUAGCCAAAGGAUAUUCUUUCUCUUGCAUCUCCAUAGAGGGUUGGUCUAUGCGACUCUUGCGUCAUAGUCUUCUGGUGGCAUGCAAUAUGUUUUAGUGAUAAACCCCAAAAACUAAAUCAUUUUUGGCGAAAAUCUUGUAUGUUGUGUGCCCAUGAGCGCUAUGAGAGAAGCUUGUGCACAAGUCAUGCAGGUUUGGAACAACAUGAGAGUGAGUACAUUUUGAGAAUUUUACAUUUUGGGUGAACUAUCCUGUUAAACGUUUCAACUGCCUUUCUUUCAUAAGUGUUCAGCCAGAGCGGUUCUGAGGUACGAACCAGCACUAUUUUUAAAACAAUCGUUUAGAAGCUAGCAAUCGCUAGCAAGUUGUUUACUGUACCAUUGGUUAGAUUCACAUGUACCUGAAAAAGAUGUUGAAAGUGUUACUAUGGCGACAUUACAUUCCAGUUUGCAACAUCACAGCAGAGUGUAGCGUUAGCUAAGAGCAAAGCAAUGAUAAAAUUGGAACGCUCAAAUGACCGCCGUCCAGAGUUUUGCCUGGGAAAGUCAUUCAAUUUGCAUUCAGAGUUUAAGAGGCAUGUCACUAGACAACAAAUUCAUUAAAAUAAAAAAGGGAGAUUUUACAUUGCAACUUCCUAAUUAAACUGACAUAGAAAUGAACAUCAUCCAGUGAUUGAUGAACUGUUGCCAAAAUAAAUGAUUGAAUACAAAGGACACAUUAUUAUUCUGUCUUCCUCUUGUUUUAUUUGAUUAUAAUAUGUCCAUAGCAACAAUACAAGAACUAAUUGCUCACAUACUGUUGCAGUAGAGUAAAGUGCCAUUCACUUUCAGGAAAAAAAAAGCAUAACACGCCAAGUCAGAAAGCAGGAAAGAAUGAGAGCGAUAGAUAAAUUGUAAUUAAAUUAAAAUGUGAGAUUUGUUUGAUCUUUUACUCAAUAUCUUUUAGCUUUGAAGCAUCUAUAUGCCAGUGUACUCCUAAAAGUCGACCAAAUUAACUUUUAGCAGAUAAAAAUGUCAGGUGUUUUAGCAAAUACACAUUUAAAAUGUAAAGCAGGGACUAAAAACAAAAUGUUUUUCCAUUUCGGUUCAUUCUGAGCAAAAACUGUAUUUUUCCUUUACGGUUCAAAAGUUCCGCAGCCUCCUUUGAAAUGGUUACCGGUUAGAACAAAUAUUCUCUCUCUCUCUCUCUCUCUCUCUAUAUAUAUAUAUAUCACAUGAGCAAGAGUGUGAUUUGGCCCUACAUCAGCACUGCUGUGAUUCAGCCACAGGUAAUCACAACAGUGCUGAUUUAGGGCCAUAUAACAAGACUGCGAGUGUGAUAUUGCUUAUAUACAACAGUUCAAUGAACAAGUAAAUUUAAACGAAUUUGGAAAAAAUUAGUAGUCAUAAAAAAUGCAUUUGUGCAUGGAACUACUUUCUGACGUGACAGAUUAGAAUCUGCUGUUACUGGUUCAAACCUAAUGAUGAACGUCCAAGCCUCCGUUAGUAAUUCAAAAAUGUAACUUCAGAAAUAGUAUCACGGCUUGUGCUGUUUCGAACUAGUUAUUGGAUAAACAAGGAUGAAUGAGAGGGAGUGAGUGUGUGUGUGUGUGUGUGUGUGUGUGUGUGUGAGAGAGAGAGAGAGAGAGAGAGAGAAAAAGAGAUGUAGCGUGUGCAAUCACCUAUUGCCACUCCCCAGCAGAGAUGCUGUCAGCUUUCUGAAGAUCAGGUUUCUCAGUGGAAAAAUAGUGUCCAAGCGGGGAUAUUUCUCCCUAUUUCACAGUAGCUGGUGCACAAGUGUCGAUCACUAUAGAAACUGCAAUGUCCUCUGCCAUUUUAAACAGCACCCAUUGUGUAAUUAAUCAGUCUGUUGUGUCUCUCAGCUGUGAUGAGCCGUAAUGCUGAAGUUGUUCGUUUAAAGCCAUUUAAAGCUAUUUCCUACCUUUAGUAGUAAUAAAACAAGCGAUUAUAGCUGUUUUAUGUAAACACUGGCUGACGCAGAUUCACGUCAAUUAACUGGCUCAUAUUACACACAAAAAUGAUCUUUUGCCACCACCUGCUGGUUAACAUAUGUAAUGUAAAAUAUAUAAACAGCAGCUAUUAACAGAUCUGCACUGCUCUUACACUUUAGUUUAGAAUGGCAUGAACACAAGCGGAGUGAAACACACAGUGAAGCGUCGGAGUGCUGAUGGUGUCAGACUAUCAGUGCUCAUGGAACGUCUCUCAUCCAAUCAGAUUCGAGGAACUGUUGUAUGUGUGUGUGUGUGUGUAUAUAUAUAUAUAUAUAUAUAUAUAUAUAUAUAGUUUUCAGUUUUUAAUUUAGUCACUAUGGUUUCCUCUGGGACAAUCGCAUUGAAUGUUAUGAUUUCGGAACAGUGAUCCCAUAUCAACACUUAUUCAUAAUGUGUCGAAGAAAUCAGACUUAUCUUGGGCCUGUUACAUGGUACAUGUUGUAUUAACAUAAACUUAUGCUGAAAACAGCUGAAAAUACCAUAUUUGCACUUAUGAAAUUUAAUGUAGGAAACACCUUAAUGGUAACAAACGAAUGUGUGUUUAUGUUGAUUUGCGUAAGUAGUGUAAUUUAUGUGUGGUAACAUAUAACAGUCAGUCUGGGCUAUUUUGUGACAUUUUAUUAACAAGUUUUGAUUUCGUCAUUGAAGACAGAGACUUUGAAUUCAUUUAAUUUCAAUGUUCUUAGUUCAAAAAGUUAAAAUGUGCUCGGAAAGUUACAAAGAGGGUGAUUUGCAACUGAAUGGGCUCCAACAGUAAUUAUAAAGGUACUGAGAAAGUUAAGUGUUUUUCCCGAAAUGUUCUAGUGUGUGCUGACUUGUAUGUGAUUUGUAGCUCACUUUAAUGUCUUUAGCACAUUAUAAGCACAAAUCUGGAUCCAUGCAGGUCUUCUAUUGCUUUUGCUGCUGUUGACAUUUUUAAAAUCUGUGUUUUUAAGCUUUAUUAUUUCCUGUAUUACAAGUAAUAAUAAAACUAUAUAUAAAACCUAAAGUCUGGUAAUUCUGGAUACAAUAGAAAUUGUGUACAGUUGAAUGUUUAUUGCUGUUAUUUGUUCUUUUUAAAAGAGCUCAUUUUCUUGUAAUUGUAAACAUGUCUUAUUCUGAUGUUUCGAGUGAAAAGUGACAGUAGUUUAUUGACUGUAGUAUAGUAUAAAUACUGUAUAUAGUAUAUAUUCUGUUAUAUUUUUAGUAUAUUAUGUUUACCACUUUUGGAUAAAUUGGGAAAUAAGUAUCGUAAGGGUUGCUCAACAAAAAUCUUCAAACUCUUCUGUUCUAAUUCUGUAUUUCAAUCUAAUUUGUUUGAUUCUGGCUGCAUCCCAAUUCGCAUACUUCUACUACAUGCU